AUGCUGCUGAUCCUGCUCUCAGUGACCUUGCUGGCCCUGAGCUCAGCUCAAAGCCUGCUUGAUGAUGCAGAGAACCCAGACCAGGGCUCCCCUGAGCACUUUCAGAGACCUCCUGAGGGACCUGAAACACCACCACCUGGAGCCCCUCCUAAUGGUAAAAACCUAGAAGGUGAAUCUCAGCUAGAUCCACCCCCACAGGAUGGUGAACCUCAGCAGGGACCACGUCCACAAGGUGAUGGACCUCAGCAGAGACCACGUCCACAAAGUGAUGGACCUCAGCAGAGACCACGUCCACAAGGUGAUGGACCUCAGCAGAGACCACGUCCACAAAGUGAUGGACCUCAGCAGAGACCACGUCCACAAGGUGAUGAACCUCAGCAGGGACCACGUCCACAAGGUGAUGGACCUCAGCAAAGACCACCUCCACGAGAUGGUGAACCUCCGCAGAGACUGCCCCCACCAAAGCAACACUGUUAUCACUAUCCUCCUCCACCUUUUCCUGAGAGACAUCACAGACCACCACCCCCAAGACGCGGACCACAAAGACCUCCCCAAGGCCCACCAACCCAGUAA